GCUCAGGGCAUAGCACACUCAUGCGGAGGGAUGUCCGAAUAUUACUGGUAGGCGAUGACGGUGUCGGCAAGAGCACCAUCGUCACGUCUCUUAUCAAAGAGUCUUUCAUACCACAUGUUCAACACGUUGUACCCGAGGUAACCAUACCACCAGAGGUCACCCCGGAGAAUGUUACGACAUACAUAGUGGAUUCGGGAUCUGCCCCCGAGGACCGAACACACCUUGAAACCGAGAUUCGCAAAGCGCAUGUAAUAUGCGUGGUUUAUUCCAUCGACAACCCACAUUCCUUUGACCGAAUACCAACCUAUUGGCUGCCGUACUUCCGACAACUGGGCGUAAAUGUACCAGUCAUUCUUGUUGGCAAUAAAAUUGACCUACGAGGAGGGGAAGUUACGAAUGAAGCGUUGGAGGAGGAAAUUCUUCCUAUCAUGAACGAGUUCAAGGAAGUCGAGACGUGCAUCGAAUGUUCGGCAAAGCUUACCCUCAACGUUUCUGAAGUCUUCUAUUUCGCGCAGAAGGCCGUUUUGCACCCUACCGCGCCGCUCUAUGACUCAAGAGACCAUGUCUUAAAACCGGCGUGUGCAGAUGCCUUGAGGCGGAUCUUCAAGCUCUGUGACACUAACAAGGACGGCAUACUCGAUGCGUCAGAGCUCAACGAGUUUCAGCGGAAAUGCUUCGAUGCACCGCUGCAGCAACAAGAACUCGAAGGCAUCAAGUCCUUGGUCCGGGAUUACUCCGUGGACGGCGUGCGAGAUGACGGCCUUACGGAGGAAGGGUUCCUCUUCCUGCAUACAACUUUCAUUCAGAGGGGUCGGUUGGAAACAACGUGGACUGUGCUGCGGACAUUUGGAUACGCCGAAGAUUUACGGUUGACGGAAGCUUUCCUGUUUCCGCGGUUCGAUGUGCCUCAUGACUGCUCCGUCGAGCUCAGCCAAGCAGGAUACCAGUUCUUCACGGACAUAUUCGAGGUCUUCGACAAGGAUCAAGAUGGCGCUCUCAAGGCUGCUGAAUUGGACGAUCUCUUUAGCACCUCUCCUGGUAAUCCUUGGGCAAAGCAGAAGUUCCCAGACAACACCUCGGUCGACGACUCCGGCGCUGUUACCUUGCAGGGAUGGCUAGCCCAAUGGAGUAUGACUACGCUGUUGGACCACAAAACGACCCUUGCAUAUCUGGCCUAUCUUGGAUACCCCGGCGAGUCACAGACUAGCGCGUUGCAGAUCACCCGACCUCGGAAGGUAGACCGAAAGAAGGGGAAGUCAACGAGGAAUGUCUUCUUGUGCUACGUCUGUGGCGCCGCUGGCUCUGGGAAGACGAGCCUCCUCAGGGCUUUCGCAGGGAAGCCCUUCCAACAGGCCUACAAACCUACCAAUCAGGUCAUCAGUGUCGUGAAUUCCGUCGACAUCGAUGGUUCGGAAAAAUACCUCGUGCUUCAAGAGUUUGGAUCGAGAUAUGAGCCAGAGACCCUUCGUAACUCGAAGAAAACCGACCUUGCGGACCUCAUCGUAUAUGUAUACGACUCAAGUGACACCAAUUCCUUCUCCUACAUCAGUAAUUUACGGCAACAGUACAGCUUAGAUUCUAUACCCACUUUAUUCGUCGCCACCAAGUCAGAUCUGGACCUCGCGCAGCAAAGGCAUGAGGUGCAACCCGACGUCUAUUGUCGAAGGCUGGGCUUGCAGGUUCCGGUUGCCGUAAGCGUGAAGACGGGCCAGCUUGCGGAUGUCUUCCAUGUCAUGUGCGGCAUCGCCAUGAAGCCGAACUCGGCAAUUCCUGGUGGGCGGGACCGUGCCCGGUCUUCUGCGCUGCGGCUACGUACAUACAUGCACGUUUCACUCCUAGUGGGCGGUCUGUCCGCGGGGCUGAUCUACACGUAUCGGGCGUUUCUGAUGCGCCCAGGGGGGUUGUUGGAUGGAUGGGGGGUGAGGUGGCUUGGAUUGUUCAUGGGGAGGCGAGAGUUAUAGCACAUCCUACGACCGUUGGUUGCAUAUUGGGCCUCGCGUCGGCCCUCGCUGUGAUGCCUGAUCGCCACACCUCUGCCAUCAUUAGCGGAUCG